AAUAUGUACACAGAGGUUUUUUUGUUGUUGUUUUGUUUUUUUAAAUCGUAAGGAAAAAAAAAUCUAAAGAUACUUCUGUUGAGACGAUUCCAAAAAGAAAAAAAAGGAGGGGUGGGGGAAGGAGGAUGAAGAGAAAGAGAAGGAAGAGGAGGAAAGACAAAACUCCCAUCACAUUCUACAUGUUAUCCAACCUAAACAGCCCUGACCCCAUAGACAUUACAAUUCUACAGCCAAAAAAGGUGGAGUCUAGAGAUCAGCUGACUGAAUUCCAUCCACCAAGUCAUUACCAAACUUUAGCUUGUGAAUUUAAUGGUCUCAUCUGUAAAACUGGGUCAGUAAUAAAAAUGUGUUCAUAUUGUUUAUCAUCAGAAUAAAACUGAAUUGAGCAGGUGUAGUGAUGGAUGCCCGUAAUAGUUCUAGUACCCUAGAGUAGGGUGCAUAUCGAUUAUGUAUUGGAGGCCAGCAUGGGCUACAGAAGGAAGCCCUGUAUCUAAAACCACGAACGAAUCCAUGAAGAAAUAAGAGGUAAGGUCCUUAUGCUGUGUGUUCUAUAAGCCUCGGUUAUAGGUUUCUAUUUACUAAAUCUGUAUGUUUUCACUGCACGUAUUUUUUGGGGGCCUAGCAAGCUGGGAAGGCAAGGGUUCCAGACCUUUUCCCUGGGCACUGUCUUUUGACUGUCUGGCCGCGCUGCUGAUCAAUUAAUGUAAUCUUUUUGUCUUCCUGGCGUGACACGUGGGGAUGGGGCACUCGACCUCUCCGGCGACAUGGGAACUAAAAGGCCUGGUAAAUGGCUGUGUGAACCCAAGAAGAACAGGCCCGACGAGGAGGAAGCAGGGUGCACCCAACCCGGAGAUUUUUGACCUCCAGAUGAGUGUGGAUUUUAUUUCUGUGCGUCCUGCUCAGGCAAGGGACUCCAGGGGCCUAGGCCCAUUCCCACUUUUUAUUGGGAAAGUCUUCGUAUUCCUCAUACAGCCUCUCUCAGGGUUUUCUGCGACGACCUUGAAGUAGAACCACAGAGAAAACACUCGGUUAUUCUAAGCACCCUUACGGGAGCCUGAGAAGGGAACCAGUAUCACGUGACAGAAGGCCGGCUCGCUACAGAUCUCUGAGUUGCCUAGAACAUCCCGUCUCUAUGGUCAACUGCACGCGAAAUUCCUCGAUGAGAAAGUUGUUCUUCCGGAGUACGGCUACUGCUUCCGGGGCAGCUCCCUGCGAACCGGGAUUGCGGUGCUCUGCUUUCUUGGUUCCUGUGGAGCAAUGCUUUCGCCCGCAAUGAGCUUCCUCAAAAGCUUCCCGCCCCCUGGGUCCGCAGAUGGACUCCGGCUGCAGCAGCCAGACACCGAAGCUGUGCUGAACGGGAAGGGGCUCGGCACCGGCACGCUUUACAUUGCGGAGAGCCGCCUGUCUUGGCUAGAUGGUUCUGGAUUAGGAUUCUCACUGGAGUACCCCACCAUUAGUUUACAUGCGGUAUCCAGGGACCCAAAUGCUUAUCCUCAAGAACAUCUGUAUGUCAUGGUGAAUGCCAGAUUUGGAGAAGAAUCAAAAGAACCUUUCUCUGAUGAAGAUGAGGACGACAAUGAUGAUGUUGAACCCAUUUCUGAGUUUAGAUUUGUGCCCAGUGAUAAGUCAGCAUUGGAGGCGAUGUUCACAGCAAUGUGUGAGUGCCAGGCCCUGCAUCCAGACCCUGAGGAUGAAGACUCGGAUGACUAUGAUGGAGAAGAGUAUGAUGUGGAAGCACAUGAGCAAGGACAGGGGGACAUCCCUACAUUUUACACCUAUGAAGAAGGACUAUCCCAUUUAACAGCAGAAGGGCAAGCCACGCUGGAGAGAUUAGAAGGAAUGCUUUCUCAGUCUGUGAGCAGCCAGUAUAAUAUGGCAGGCGUCCGAACAGAAGAUUCAGUAAGAACUUACGAAGAUGGCAUGGAGGUAGAGACCACACCAACUGUUGCCGGACAGUUCGAGGAUGCAGACGUUGACCACUGAGGAUGACUCGUGUGACUUACAGUGAAUUCUGCUCAUAACUAUAGGCAAGAACUUGAUGCCUCUUCACUCCAGAAUGGAGCUGGUGAAAGGCUUUUUUCUUCUCCAAAACUCAUUUCUCAAGACAAACUAUAAUGAGACAGCAAGCUGUCACCAGCAGAAAAGACUCUGACCUCUAUUAACAAAGGUGAAUUAACUGAACGGGUUUUUGUAGUUUCUCAUUUACCCCUAAGCUUCCUGUGUCUAGUUAUCUUCUGAGAGGGCCUCUAAUUCCUGCCUUUGCUGUGUGCAAUCUGUCAGCUACGAGGCCUGUGUGUCGUGUGCACAGUGCUCACGCUGGGCAAAAGUGAGGUGGGGAGCUUAGAUGUCUCUGGGACUUAGGAGGACUCUCUGAUCCCUGAGAUAAAAAGCAAAGGCCUCUGAGGGCACAGCCUUUAGCAUUCUCCACGGACGCAUGGGCCCUCUACUGGGGCUCAACCACAUCUCGUCAUGACAAAUGCUUGUGUGCUACUUCUGUUCCUCCGCAUUUACCAUCAGCUCUGUUACAUUCUCCUAGCUUAGGUCCUUGACUGUCACAGAGUAAAUCAUCUGAAAUGAAGUCUGCAAAGUACUCUCAAUGAUAUUUUGUCUUUGUAAUAGUUAAAUAAAUCUGGGUUUUCUAUA